UAGUUUUCCAUCUCCGUAAGUAAGCCAUUCACUAUGAAGGAGAGCGGGACGUCCUUCCUGGAUGAGACUCAGGGUUGUACUCGCAAAACGGCAAGUCACGCGGCGUGGCGCGGGAGCCUACACUGUGGGUAUAAAGACCCGCGGCGAGCAAUAGAUGUCAGUGAGCAGCACCAGCAUCACCACCACGCACCACCAACCAUGUGGAGACCCAUGUUCUUCCUGUGCCUGGCGGUCUCGGCCGUCUUCGCCAUGCCUGGAGGAUACGCAGGCGGCCACGGGGGCGUCCACUUCGGGGGCGCCGGCUAUGGCGGUGGAUAUGGCGGCUACAGUGUUCCCACUCCUUACGCUUAUGACUACGCCGUGUCUGCUGGUGUCACCAACUUUGGCCAGAGCGAGAAGGGCAACGGAUACGGAGGCGUGAACGGCGGCUACUGGGUCAACCUUCCUGACGGCCGCGUGCAGAAGGUGUCUUACUGGGCUGACGGCAGCGGCUACCACCCAGUGGUGACCUACUCUGGCAAGGCCCACUACCCUGCAAGCUACGGAUACGGCCACGGCUACCACUGAGAUCACGAACCACCGCAACACAACAAUGCAGACACUGAUGGGGUCUUUCUUGUAUAUGUGAGGCACAUAAUAUAUCAGUAAUACUA